AUGAGCUUCACUAAGAUUACCCGCCGUGGACUUUCCACCCUAAUCCCUCCCAAGAUCGCUUCCCCAAACGCUAUCGGUGCCGCCCAGGAUGCCGCUCGCAUGGAGCGUGUUGUGAACUUCUACGCUGGCCUGCCCCGUGGCCCUGCUCCUACUGUUAAGGCCACUGGUCUCAUUGGUCGCUACCAGGCUCGCUACUUCAGUGGCAAGAAUGCUUCUGCUGUCCCCCUUAUCCAAGCUAUUGGCGGUCUCCUGGUCCUGGGCUACAGUAUUGAGUACUACUUCCACCUCCACUUUAACCUCAUAGGUAAUCUUCAACGAUCACGAAAACCUUUGAUGAUCAUCAACCUCCCCAAGGAUAAAUCCUUCACUUCUGCUUCCUUUCCCGGUCACGGGACCUUCUGGGUUGUGGAUUUAACAUCAAGAUCAACCCUCACCUUCGCAACUUGCUCUUUCCCAAGAACUUGCGACCAUCGAAUCUCCGUCAUCUACUCAGGCAUUGUUAUGGCAGAGCAGAGCAGCCGCGAUGUGGUAGAUCAGACCCUGUCGGGCGGCGAAGCUUCGCCUUCGCCUUCCGACGCUCCUGCGACCCCCAACCACAAGACACCAACUGAAGGGGAUGUGGAAAAGACCAAACACAUCGCAACUAUAUCAGCUACCAAAUUACCUGAUCAACAACCAAACAACCGCACAAAUAACACACGUGUUGCCCAAACUGAGUGGGCUGGAGGUGAUAAGGAUGUCGGAGGCUCUUCCUCGGGGCAUAUCAAGCAAGGUGCUGGGCUUGUUGCGACUCGAGCUCUUGAACUGAAUGGAGUGACGGACGGUGACGAUACAGCUUCCCAAGGUGGCUCGGAGUCAGAUACUACAGAUGGUAGACACCAUGCGCGCACCGGAUCUGUCAAGAAACCGACGACGUUUAAGCCCGUAUCCUUUUCAAAAUUUGUGCUCCCAAAGGCUCCCGGAGUCCCCGUUCCCCCGAAAACUGUCGAGAAAGUUCCAUCGACUUCCACUACUCCCCUUGGAACACCGCAACCGAGCUCUCGUCCACGAUUGGUCGCAAAGACAACUGCGGGCAUGCGCGAUUCUCUUUCCAAAAAUGGCGCAAGUGGUGCUAAGCCUGGCGGUUCGGGACCGGACCCAAAUCAAGUUUGGAACAAAAACCGACCCGUUCAACCCAUACCGCCCAAGCAUUUGACAGAUGAGGAACUGAAACAACAAUACGGCAUUCAUAUGACAUCUCGGAUUCAAGAAGACGGCGGCGGAACCGAGUCAAAAUGGGCCGACAUUGACGAUGAUGAAGACGAUUGGGCCCCUGAAACUAUUGAAUGGACGGAUGGCACCAAGGUCACCCUCAAUCCUCAUACCGACCAUGUUCCAGUGCCGGAGGUGGAGCAUCAAGAUCACAAGGAAAUACUCCCUGAACCAACCGUUGCAAAAGACCCUGUCAAAAUCACUGGGCCGAAGCCAACUACAUCUGUUGGACCUAACCCUACCGUACUGAGACUUGGAGCUAGCGCCGAGCGACAGGCUAAGGCUGCCAGUGUUUCAUCUCGUGGAACUAACGACCGACUGCCAUCGGGCUCUACAAGCCCGGCUCCUCCACCAGCCAAGUCUCCCUGGGCAGCUCUACCUCCUAUUGAAAGGGUGUCUCCGGUCAACUCUUCUCUCCCCCCACCCCCGGCUUCAUUGCCGCAUCGCUUACCUAACAACUUCCCACACCGAGAGGACCACAAUGGUACAAUCCCCCCACAAGAGAUUGCAGCUGAUGAUUUCAACCGCACUUGGAGAGAGACACCAUCCAGCGCACCACCUAGAGAGCUUUUUAAUUCUCGUUCUGGUCGCUAUGAGCCUGUUGCGGAUACCAGACGACCUUCUUGGCGGCAUGACCAGGGUCCUCGGCCUCCUGCCUUGUUACAACGACCAAUUCACGAUGAACAUGGUGGACACGGUGGACCAGCAGAGCCUUCGGCAGCUUUCCAGACUCAUCGGGCAAGUAACCAGGAAGGUGGAGGAUGGGGCCAUCGACGUGCGUCUUCAAAUAUCAGUGGCGGAAGUGGAGGAUUUAGCCGUCGCAUGUCCUUUGGCCGUACAGAUGCACCAUCAAGAUAUGAUGGACGACGGGGUUCUCAAGUGAACGAGUUAGCUUUGAUCGGUCAUGAAUCUUCCCCGGCUCAACAUCAUGCAGUUCCAAGCUGGCAUUCUCAGGCUGCAGUGAGCGUGGAAAGUGAAGCAUCCCCAGUUGAAAGUCAACCCGCUAUAGCUGUAGUGCCCGAUGUGCAGCAAGAAGACCCUCUGAUUUUGCAAGAGCGUAUCAUGAAAGAGAAACGUCUUGAGGCUAAGCAACGGAAACUAGAACAGGAAGCAAAGGAAGCGGCUGCAAAGGAAGAGCGUAUUCGCCAAAAGCUUGCUGCCUUGGGACCUGCUCCUGAAAAGCCCAAGCGGAAGGAUUUGACGCAAAGUAACAAAGUUCACCUUUCACCUUCUUCCUCUACAACUCCACUUGCUACUAUUUCUUCACCCCCGAAGCCUCCUGUUCCUGAACCUUCAGGGUCACCGAAGCAGUACGGGUUGAUGAAAGUGCACCACCCGGAUACAGUCAGGAAACUUGUUGCGAAUGAAAGAGAACGCGCAACAGAAAAACGGGCAGAAAAACAUUCAGAUCGAAACUCCCCUAGGUUACGUCGUAUCUCUUCCCCCCACCGCGAUAUCUCGCACCUGACCUCAUCCGUUACUUCGACUUCCAUUUUCCCUUCCGAUUUGGAUUUACACACUUCCACUCAGAACACUUCCACCCAUACCUCUUCUUCUCUCAAUCCUCCUUCUUCUCAUAAUUCCUCCUCUCUCAACACCUCUUCUCCCAAUUCUCUUUUUAACUCUUCUAACCCUCUUGCUUCACGCAUUCAAUCCGACUUGAAUUCAAACCUGAAUAUCCAGCCUGAUCUUAAGACAGAUCAUUGGAAGGAUUUGAACACUCAAAGUUCUUAUCCUACUUGGGUAUCUGGUCCUAACCUUUCCUCGACGCCACCUGUGGGUAACCUGUGGAAGCCUUUGAGCAACGACCGUACUCUUGGGAAUCUCGGUAACGGGAUUUUUGACCAAAAUAUUGGUCGCGGAUUUCCCUCCCAAUCUACUCAUCUCCCGAUUGAAUCCUCAACAUCGCAUAAUAUGAUGCCUCCUACCCAAUUUUCUGGUCGUCGCCGCGGCGGCUCUGCCUCCGCUCGCACCGCAACAUUCCGUCAUGGACCAGGCCCUAUUCGUCCCCCUCCUUCCCAAGAGGAUGCUGCGCUCGUUAGUGCAUGGACAAACUUUGCCAACGGUGGCGAGCAGGUAGAGCGUCACGCUGAACAGCAGCGUGCACAAGAUAAGGCCAAGCCUGCCGUUGAGAAGGCCGCCCCCGUUCCCGUCAAUGUGCAAUGGGGUCGCCUUGACGCUAACGCCGGCUCUGCCUUGAACUGCUUGGACGAAUCUGUCGUCGAGAAGUCGGGACCUGCCGCUAAGGCCAUUCCAGUCACUAAGAGUGACAAUGUUAUCAAGCAGACUCCCGCUGCCAAGCACACUGCUACUGCAGCCGAUUCCCAUGCUUACGUCGCGCACCCUCAACCUUAUAUGGCACGUCCUCAGUCGGAUACAGGCCUGAUCAGUUCCUGGGCCGCUUUCGCUAACGGCGGUGAACAAGUUGAGCAUCGAGCAGAACAACAGCAUGUCCUUGAGAAGCCCAAUGAGUCUAUGGGAACCAAGAAAGCUGUACCCUCUCUUAAAGUCCAGUGGAAUCCCCUGAGCCCUAAGGCAAAGGGCCUUCUCAGCCGACUUGACGACAACCGCGCCCCUAUCGCAAGCGCCAGCUCUGCGCGGGCCCCCGUUGAUGCUAUUCUAUUCACAGAUACCUCUGUCCGUCCUCUUGUGAAGGUGCCCACUCCUCGUGAGUCCCGCUUUUUCCCUCAGGGUAAGGUUGAGGAUAAGCGCACCUCAAUUGAGGUCAACUUCGGCUUUAACAGCCCGCCUCCCCCGGAUGAGCUGUCUAGCCGUGCAAACGACGUUCAACCUAUCGUGAACUUCCCUACCCCGAAGCCUGUGGUGAAGCUUCCUAUUAAGGUCGCGGCCAAAUCAGCUCGCACAUUUGCUUCGGUUGCCGCGCCUACUUCGAUUGCUGCACCUUCUUCGACCGUGGCACCCUCUUCGGUUGUGGUACCCUCUUCUGGAGUCCGCCUUCCCGAUUCCACUGCAAAUUGGCAAAAGAAAAUCAAUAAGCUUCUCAACAAGGUGGUGGACAUUGCUCCUUCUACGAAGGAGCCACUUGAAAGCAAGUCAGCAGCUGCGUCGGCUUCGGUUCUCUUCCCCCGCAUCGAGAACCCCAUUUGCACCGGUCAUCUUCAGCAGUUUUUCGACCAGGAGGAACUCUUUGAGGAUCGUGAGCCUGGAUCGCAGCCUGGAGUCCGCGUUCCUAACAUUGCACCCGCCACUGCUUGGGAGAAGCCCAUCUGGGGAGAUUUUGUACAGCCCAAACCCGUCAACACACAGGGCACUGCUGCCCUCGACGUCGGUUCUGAUGAGAACGUCAUUGUUGUCCGCAUUGCUGGCAACGCCGCCAAGACCUUUGCCAAGCAGGAGGCCGCUCCUCCCCGCAAAGUUACCACUCUCCACCACCGCAAGGGCCGCAACCCUCGCGCCCGUCACCCCCGUACCAAGAAGCCCGCCAUGCAGCAGGAGGAAGCAUGGUCGGUUUGA